CUUCGGGUGCGAGAGGUCCCGGGUUCAAAUCCCGGACGAGCCCACGUGAUUUAUUUUUUGUUUUUUCUUUUUGAUACACUUAAUCUUAUUCUCAUUAUAUAUUAAUAUUCUUGUUAUUUAGUAAUUUAUACUAAAUAUUUAUUUUAUUUCGUAAAAAUUAGGGUUUGAAUUAAUAGUACGGAUUAUUCCAUGAAACUAUCGAUAACAUCAAAUAUGGCGCUCGCAUGGAACCCAUUAAAGAAACACAGUGACCGCGAAAGAUGGAUUUGUAUCUAUCCGGUAUACCUAAAUAGUAAGAGAACUCUAGCAGGGGGUCGGAAACUUCCAAAAGACAAAUGUGUCGAAAAUCCAACAUAUCAAGAAAUUCGUGAUGUUUUGGUAGCAGCUGGUUUCAACGUUGGAGUAGAAAACAAACGACAUCCACGAGAACGUAGCAAAGAAUUAUUAUUUCGCGGACGUAUUCGCGUACAACUCAAAAAUGACGAUGGUACUCCUGUGAAACCAGAAUUUCCCACUAGAGAUUCGGUUUUGGCAUAUGUGGGCACGACCAUUCCAAAGUUAAAAACUCGACAAGGAAAGCAAUCCAGUGGUGAACAAUCUUCUCAGCCAUCAAGUUCAUCGUCAAAGAAAGGAAAAGGAAAGGGGAGAAGAUGAUAAAGAUAUAUAAUAUCACUAGAACAUAAAAAUAUUUGUUACUUAUGUAUAUUUUUGUGUUGAAAUGAGAAUUAUUCUCACGUACAAAAAUAUUAUAUUACAAAUUGUACAAACCUUUUAAAGGGAAGUUUUAAACUGAAUGCAUUCAUACAUACAAAUAUCUUAAAACUUUUGUUAAAUUCUUUUAUUAUUCAUCAUUAUUUUGUAAUCCUGAUAGUCGUGUUAAUUGUUUGUUUUCAUUUACAUCUUGGUACUUUACUAUUGAAGGAAUUUGUUCGAUCGUUUUGAAUAUUCAAAUUAUUAUUCUCAGAAUUAGAAGGUAAUUACUUCGAUGAACCAGUUGGAGACUGUAAUGCUGUUUCUGUAUUGUGUGGUACAUAGUGCACUAUAUAACCACUAGGGGGAGGAUGAGAUACUGGAAGAUAUGGUUCGAUCAUACUCGAUAGUGGAACCUGUAAAUUUAAUAUACAUAUGAUAGAAUUUUCCCAAGUUUAAUAGCGCUUGUAGCAAAGUAGUACGUACAUUCUUGUCGGAAUUUGGUUGAGCUAAUCCUACAAUAGGUGAUUGUCCAAUUGGAAACAUUAAAUUGUUCUUAAGAUUUUUCCUUGCUUUUCUAUUUUCUCGUGCCUCAAAUUUAUUAAAUAUAAGUAUGAAAUAGAAUUACAAAAAUAUAUGAAUUACAUUACAUUACAUUUUGUAUUACUUACUUCAUUGAUACUUCUAAGAAACGAUCCAUUUGGGUGCAACAUAUCUUGGAGCUCUGAUCUGGCAUUUAUUAACUCACUUACUGGCGCACUAACUGUUUUUACUAAUGUACUAGGAAUAUCAUGUAAUGUGUUGAUAUGUGGAUGUAAAUCAGGGUGUAAUACAGAUUGUAAAAAAUUAUUCCCUAGCAAAUGUGGUAAUCUACUUAUUGUAUUUAAAGCUGGAUGUAAAAUGGAAUUCAAAUGCGGAGGAAUAGGUAGUGGAGGAAUAUGUGGUACUGGAGGAAUAUGUGGUGGAGGAAUAUGUGGUAGAGGAAUAUGUGGUAAAGGAGCCCCAACAAUAGAAUCGGAUGAAGUUGUGUUUGAAUCCUGUUCAUUUAUAAGUAAAUCUGUAUUAGUCUUAAUAGUAGGAUUACUUGUUUUUUCUGUAUCAUUGUCAUCAUUAUUUGAAUCACAAUCUUUUACGAAAUGUGCAUGACCUUUUAAUGGUCCUCCAGUGAGAAAAUAGUUUGCAACUUGUUACCUAGUUUAAGAUGUCGAUUAGAGCUUGAUACACCACGCGAAUCUCGCUGCUUUUGUUCAGUCAGUGCUUUGGAGUUGGUACUCAAAUCAAUUUCCUUCAAUUGCUUUCCAGAACGUAUAUUGUAAUCUAACAAAGCAAAUUAAUAUAUACAAUGUAAUACUUUUCUUAAGGCAUUACCUUUAUAGCCAUGGUACGCACUAGAAUAAUUGAACUUUAUUGAUGUAAAUGGUUGUAAAUUGUGAAUUUUAGUGCAAGAGACAUUGUGUGUAUACACUACAAUAUGAUAUAAAAUAAAGAUUAAUGAUAUUAA